UAAUGAACCUUGAUGACAUUUAUAAUUGGUAUUCAUUAUCCUCUCAUUAUUAGGAUUCUUUAACAUCCCUAGAACUAUCCUGGAAAAUAAUAGGAAUCAUAACCACGAACUGUACAGUCUUAUAAACCACUUGAACCAAAAGCUUAAUUUCAUAUCAUUAUCAAAGCCACUGCUGAAUACAUCAAAGAGAAAAUGCUUAAUGGAAAUGUAAAAUUCAAUAAUAUCUAAAGGGAGUCAAUAUGAAAGAAUUGGGAGCAUUUACUAUGGAAGUCAUUUCUGAUUAUGUGAAACCUCUCUAACAUUCAGGAUUCAAUAUGACUCAAGACUUAGCCAUUUAGAGAGCAGAUAGAAAACAUGUUCAUUAAAUCAGGUACUUUAUUUUCCAUAUAAAUUAUAGACCUUGUUUUGUUCCUGACAAUGCAUUUAAAUAUUUCUUGGCUCGUUAUCCAGGCAAAGAGGAAAUUACUAAACCUUUAAGUCAACAUUCUAUAUAUCAGAAAGGAUUUGGAAUGAACUUUUGUAAUGCUGGUCCAAUUGCAGCAUCAAGGUUAGUAUAUAUUAAUUGUGAUAAAGUUAUCUAGGAAAAGAUGUUGUAUAAUCAGUUCAUACUUCGUUGAUAAAAGCUAUUCAUGAUUUAACCAGACUUGGACAUGAUUUACAUAUAGAUUUGGGAUUUAUUAAGAUAUCUGUAUAAAAUAGAGAUUUAAGAUAUAAAUAUGAUUAAACAUUUAUUAAUAGACUCAACUAAACAGAUUAUGAAUUAAAAGUAAAUUUAUAUCAGUAUUUUCAAGAUGCGUAAAUCUGAUUUAGGAACAUCUUAACAUUGGACAACUACAUAUUAAGAGAAAUGGUCAAAAAGCACGUAAUAAUUAGUUAAUUAUUUAAUAGUUUAAAUAAUUUAUUGACUAGACCAAAUCCAAACCAAGUUUAAGAAAAUUAUGAGAAAUCUAUGGCCUUGAAGAUUAUGUCUUUGGAUUUGAAUACAGCAGAACAAACCAAUUAUAGCAAAAAGUAAAAAGUCUAAUUACCAACACUUAAUAAAUGA